AUGGGACGCAGUUCGAGUACGCAACAAAUUUCUUCUAGAUUAUUACCAAUAGGCUUAUUCAGGAUCGAAGAAGAAAACUAUGAUACUGUAAAACAAGUUAUACCAGAUGAAUUAAUCAAUGGAAUACAGCAAAAUCGUCGAUUGUACAUUAAUGGCGAAGAAUUUUCAAUAAAGUUUAAACUGGCAUGCGAUUAUAAAAUGUUAUUAAUUUUAUUCGGACUUAAUGCUGUUAGUGGUAAGUAUUUCUGUCCAUGGUGCAAAGUUAGUAAGUCAACCAUUAAGCAAUUAGGAACUUUUUCUGGAUACGAUAUUACACGUGGUGCAAGAUCUAUGGAAGGUGACAACGAGAUGAAAAAGCCAGAAACUAAACGUCAAUAUGGUUAUAAAAGAUAUCCAAUAUUUGGUAAUCGAUUUAGUUUUCAAGAUGCACGUCCUGAUUUAUUUCAUUUUGAACAUCGUAUACAUGACAUAUUGACGAAACAUAUACUUGGACUGCUUAAUGAAACUUACGAUAUGGACAACAUAAAAGAAACGGAAGAACUUUUAUAUGAGUUACAUUCUAUAUCAAAAGAUCAAAAGGCAGGUAUAAAAUUUGAAAUUAAAAAUGGUAAUCUAGAAUUAAAAGGAAGAUGCACGAAUGGAAUACAGCGUAAGUUUUUUAAGGAUAUACCAUUAGGACGUGUGCUUUACAACAACCCACAACAAACAUUAGAUAUUAUGCAGUUAUUACAAAAUUUUUAUCAGUUAUUAAGUUUAUAUUCCGAACGUCAGUCAAGUCAACAUUAUUUUACCCAUCUAAAACAAACAUCAGUUAUGUGGGUUAAACAAUUUGCUAGUAUAUUUGGUGAUUCAUAUGUUACACCUUACAUGCACGUAUUAUGUGAUCAUAUGUCCGAAUUUCAAGAAAAAGACGAAGACGAUGAACUAUCAUGUUUCAAUUUACAAGGAGCUGAAAAAUACAACGAUUUAAGUACAACAGAUUAUUUUCGAUCUACAAAUAAGCAUCAUAACUCAUUAGAACAAAUGAUUAAAAAACGAUUUCAACAAUAUUAUGUAUUAUUAGACACAAAUGAAACUCAAGCUUUAUUUACUGACAUUAACUCGACUUUUAGUAACAACCUAUUCAACGAUACGACCUCGAUUUAUAUUAAUCUCCAUUAUCAACGAACGUAA